GGACAAACUCAGAGUUUGAAAAUGAAUGAUGUGUUAGAGACUGACGCCAGCAUAUUUUGUGUCUAGCGGCUGACAGAAUACAACGCGUGUUUACGCAGACCAUAGCAGUCCAGAGAACCGGCAACCAGAACUGAAACAAGAGAUCAGAAGUUUGCUUACUAGGAUGCACUGUAAGUCCUUCUACAUGAUUUAGAAUUAGAUGUACAGCCCAUUCACUUGGGUAGCCUAAAUCUCACAGGCAACCGCUUACGUCAGUUGAUACGUAUGAUCUUUAUAUCAAUAAUCUUCUGGCUUUGGCUUUUGGGAAGGCAUUUCUCUAGCAUCACUGGGCUCUUUUUAAAGGUGUGGCAUUUCCUUUAGGAUGUGACCUGAUGGUUCCUUUGUACCAUCAGUAUUUACAUUUGAGUCCCUCUGUCUGUGUUCUUCGUUUUAAAUUUGAACCAUGUCCUUAAGGUUUAGUUCUUACAUUAACAGUACGUUAUUGAAUUCAAAACAACUCAUGUACUACUGCUAUGAAGGCUGAUAUGUGGUACUGGUUCAUCCACCUCACUAGCCCAUGUGGUUAGCAGGUAUGUGUGCUGGCUGGGAUGCAGCAUCCAGCCCUCCAUGUAGAGCUAAUAGGACAGGGUAGGGUGAGGCAGAAAGAAUUACUGGGACUCCUUGCCAGGCUGCUGCUGCCAGAAACAGCAGUUGGGUGGAUGGAUUGAUGGGAACUUGAUUCACCCCCAGUGUUUGAGCAGCCUUAGAAACAGGUCCAGGCAGAAGGGUGAGAUGGCCAUCUGGGAGAGGCAGGCAGAGCGAGAGAUGGGAAGGAGAGGGAUUUGAUAAAUGUAGCAAGUGCUUUCUUUGCAUCUGAAAUUCUCUAAAAUGUUGGGUAUUUAAAUGCUGUGUGGGUGGAGAGAGGGCUUGGUUUUUGUGUGUGGGGAGACCCUGCUUGGUUUUGGAGACGCCCAGUUUUGGGGAGGAUUUGUUUCAGUUGUAGUUAAUGCUGGUGUCUGAGAAUAUAUUUAAUGUGACUUUUUCAAGAAAAGCCUCUACUCAAAUUAGCCAAACAGUCUAUGGUUGCAAUCAGUUUUUGAAUGGACAUCAUUUGGCAGUUAUGUGUACUGGACAUACUGUUUGGGACCUAAUCCUCUCUUAAUUGAGUGGAACGAGGCAGUCAUUUGCUAUUGUGAUGAAACUGUGCGCAAUGAAGUGCUGCACGAUAUGGGCAAAAAUCUAAUUGCUAUAAAAAAAAAAAUAUUACAAAUAUUGCGAUUUGAUAUGCAAUAUGGAUCAAAACACUUGGGUGAACUGUUGGAAUCAUAGAAAUACAAUGAUUUAUAUUAAGAAGCAAAGCCCCAAGAGGAGAGAAUCAAGUAAACAAUAAAAACGGAUGCUGCGCCUCAUAUUGCAUGCGAUAAUGAUCUCUCGCGAUAUGGAUAUUGCACAUGUCAAUAUUCCAAUGCGAUUUUGAUUAAUUCUGCAGCCCUAGCACAAUGCUAAAUCCAUCUGAGCUGUACCCAGUGAGCAUUGAGGGAAUCUUCAUGGCAGGCCAUCAGCAGGGAUGUGCAACAUCAUUCAGGCAUUAUAAUGAACUGGGCCUGGUGGGUCGGGUGGUGACCACCCAUUCAAAUUGAGGACCACAAAAACCUGUUGACUGCAUGCUUUUUGGUCAGUGCAUGCAUUGCAGAGUGAAUCUUGAGCAUGAGGAACUGCCUGCUUAAGUGAUGGGGCGGGGCUUGGUGUGUGGGGGAUUGGGAUGUGGCCAAACAAGAGCACUCCAUCAACUCUAGUAAUAAAUUAAAAGUAAAAAGAACUGACCGACAGCAAAGUGGCGUUUCAAAAUAUCGCAGCCUCUUGCAAUAUGGAUUAUCGUGCAGCCCUAGCACCCACCCCCGUACAUUACAGCCAUGCAGCGUGAGCCCUGGCCACAGCUGUGUCUGAUUGUGUGACCAUGGGGAAUCUUGCAGCUGCUCUGUUACUGGUGGAAGGAAGAAGAGAGUACAAUGGCAACUAUUGUAGGGGGGCUGUCGGGUGUAAGCGGUGAGCUCACUCCAUGGCAUCUGCCUCCUUGGCUGGGCUGAGACAGGCUCUGCAGGAAUGGGUAAUGAGCUGACAGCAGUGUCACCGAGGGAGCAGGGAGGUAGAAUCUAUCAAUCUGCUGAGGUACGGCCCAUAAACCAUGAAUCAGAUUUUUAUUUUAUUUUUUUACAACCAACCACUCAGCACCAGGUUAUGAAAUUUGACUGAGUUUUAAUAAGGGUUUGCUGCACCCUGUCCCUGGCUCAGGAGAAUGUUUCUGCUCUGUGACCUCCCCAUGGAGGCUGUUUUCUUUCCUCCUGCCGCUGCUUAAUUGUCCUCAGCUGGUGAACUAAGAUGGCCUAUUGUGGAAUAGGCUAAAAGGGCCGAUGGUAUGUGUUUUCAAUGCACAGAGAGCCAGGCCUAGAUAAACAGGACCGCAGCCGGUGUUGGCUCUCCAGCAAGGGGGUCGAGUCGAUGGUGGAGCGGGGUUACGUGGUCGUGGUUAUUGUUCUACAGCGCUGACGUGUUUCCUGUGCCGUGUUGAUGACAGAUGGGACGUGCGCUCUGCUCAGCUCUCCCCCUCUUGGUUAACCUCCCACAAUGGAACAAACAGAUCAACAGGGGCCGAACUGUGCUCCGUUUGAGUCUCUUUCACACAGAUGGAGCCAUUGAAGUUCAAUAACCAGAGGAUGAACGAGCCAGCCAAAUGAGUCCAUCUUAUGCAACCUCUGCUGCCCCGUUGUCGUCAUGUGUCCACAUGGCUUUAUAUCUCUGAAAGGGGGUUUCAUAACACGAUUAGGCCUAAAUGUUAAUUUAGGCUUCUACUGAUUUUAGGAAACGACCACAUUGAAUAAACAUGGUUUAUUAGUUUUGGCUGAAAGCAAUUACUUAAAAGGAAGCCUCAUUUGUUAAAAAAAAGCACAGUUCAGUCUACAGUAGCUGUUUUUGUAAUGGCACCUCUUGGAUCUGUCAAAUUAUGACGUCAGUGAACUUCAGGUCGGGAAGUCUGAGCUCUAGAAAGUUUCCGAGUUGGAUGACCGUUCAAAACUAUUUUCCCCGGUCGGAUCUUGUUUCUUUCGGAGUUCCCAGUUGUUUUGAACACUGCAUUAGUCUCAGCAGAGAGAGGGUCUGCCUCUCACGGUCCCUGCUCUCUCCUUCCUUUCCUUCGGUGAGGCUGACUAGAGAGAGGGGACACAGUCUUCCACCGGAUGGUGAAACUCGAGUCUCACCGCAUCUGCCUCAGGUACAAGUUCAUGUUGUUCCUAUGACUAGACAAAGUGAAAUAUUCCUCGAUAUUAAAAUAGACAUGACGAGCUGCUAAUAAUAAUAAAAAUGCAGGGCUAUUGAUACUCAUUCAUUGCAACUGCAGCGCGAGUGGAAGUAGAGAAGCAUGUUUUAUGUUUUGUAAUAGUGUUUGAAUAAAGUGUUGACAGUGCUGAAUAAAACUUAGACAUGAACUCGCGCAUAAAAACAGCAGCUCUUUGCUGUGUUCUUUGACAGUCUCUCUGGUCAUGGUUUUAAAAGUUAUGAAAUCUCACGUAGGCUAGUAUCAAACUUUGCUGGGGUUGUGGAAGCUAUUGGUAGGCAUGGUGAUUUGAGCUAUACGAUUGGCCAGCGCAGUAGGCACACUCGAUUUAUCCAGGGAUCUCCCGCUCCGCCGGGUAGGCAGAGUUUGUAUUUUCGGACAAAUGAUAUGGUUCAAAAUGGGAACACUUUGCCUACCGGUGCGCAUGACUUCUGAAUCAAGUGCACUUACCGCCAACAGCGCAACACAGGGGGAAAAAAGGAGCGCAAGCCUUUAUGCCUUUAUCGUUGGCUUUUCUACAGAAAUGUUUGGUGAUGGACUAGGAUGCCUUGAACAUCGAUCGACUGGUUGGUGACCACUGCCUUAGAGCUAUUCAUAACUACAAUAACAAGAAAAUGAGCUUUAAAACGGCCAAAUUCUCUGCACCCCAUGAUAAUGUGUAGAAUUGCAGAAAAUUAGCUUUAAACCUGCUACAUUUUCUCUCCACCAACAAGAGGUGUGUGAACAGUUUGUCAUGAACAGUGCUUGUGCCCAUAGAAAUAGACUGGGUGCGGGAUGUUCCCCAUUGCUGGUUGGGGGGCCUGAGUGAAAACGUUUGGGAACCCCUGCUCUAAGGAAGGACUGAUGCUCUUUGUGUCACAUUUGUCUCGAAGCCUGACCGAAACUUCAGACACUUACCGCUGGGGAAACUCUGUCCCUGAGAUUUGUGUGUGGGUCAUGUGUGAAUGAGUCAUAUGCUGUGUCUUACACUGUCCCCUAUCUCCAUCUCUCUUCCCCCCGCAGUUACUGUGUGUGAGCCUACUGCCAUGUCCACAGCUGUGGUGAUGGACCCCCCCAGGGACGUCAGCUACCUGCGGUCACCCUGUGGCAUCGGGGACAGCGUCGCCUCACUGGAUGACGUCACUGUGGAUUUCAUAGCCAAGUACGUACCUGGAUUGAAACCAUUAUCUGGUCCGAUGGCGUGACGCUUGUUUGGACUGUUGAUCGAAAGGCUCUCGUCACACAGGAAUGAUGCAAUCUGAUAGGGUGCUGGUCAUUGUUUCCUGUCACUGUCUUAACACCUCCACAUCAAAUGACUGCGUACAGAGAUAUUUGACCUACUUCAUCACACAAAGAUGACAGGGCACAUUCCUUACACUUUGUCAUGUCAACAUUGUAAACUGGUUUCGAAAGAAUGUGCUGUCAGUUAACAAGACAGGUUCUUUACCUUCUGACACUGAAAGGCUUCAUCUUAGACAUGGCAGUGGAAUGCAGCAGGACAGGACUGGGAAUCCACUUAACAUUGUUUAUAACGUUUUUCCCCUCAGUGAGUCAUCAGAGGAGGAGUCAGCCGGUGAGAGGGAAGAGGAAAUUGGGGCCAACACUGAGCUCACCAACCACCCCACAGACAUCCCUACUGAACAGCCCACACACACAGAGACUGGUGAGCUGACAUAUACAGACACACAUUUACAUGGCAAACACCACAAGGAGAGCAUUUUAGAAAGGAUGCAAAACAAUGUAGGAAACUGGCUUACAACUGUUAGUGUACACAAACUGGUUCACACACACUCUUGAGGUUGGCACUUGGGUACAGAAGGUAUACCAGUACAUUAAUUGUGAGGUAGACAAAAUUCAUUGUCCCAUUUUUAACUUUGAGGAAAUGGGCCAAAGGGAAGUGAAGUGAGGUCCCAAACUUCCCUUUCCUGUCUCCUCUGGCCAAGAACAUUCAGUCAUCAACAUUCCUAAUGCCCUAAGUAUGAAAACUAUAUUAGGGGGGGCUGGCGUUUAGAAAUCCCCAUCCUAAAGCUAUUCAAAACUUCAAAUGAAUAAAUUAAUUCACAUUUCAAAGUGUUGAGAUUUGUCAGUUUGUCAGUAAACCCUAUGUUGCUCUUAAAUCAGUGGAGCUUUCUCUUCCAUCACAUCCACCUGUAGCAUGAGGAUCUGGCUGAGGCUGGCACCAUGGCCUUGCGCGGCUGUUGAAUAAAGAAGUGUUUGGUCAUAAACAGUCCCCCCCUGAAUUCCCAGGAGGUUCAACCCACAGCUCUGUGCUGUUGACAACACACAGCAACACGGUGCUCUAUGAAAACGGGGUCAGCAUAACACCAGGCCAAAUGAUCCCUAGCUUCUCUGUUGCUAUUUCAGUUUUAUACUUCUUUCAAAAGCUUCAACAUAUUGGAUUAUCUAUAGUUCCAGUCUUAUCAUGGUGACCUUUCAAUUUUUUUUAUUAAGACUGCUAAUAGUACUAGGUGAGUUAGAGCUUCUGUUUCUCUGGCUAACCUAGCAUAGCAGGCGUAAAAUAAAUACCUGAAACUACACUACAUACAGUGGGGGAAAAAAAGUAUUUAGUCAGCCACCAAUUGUGCAAGUUCUCCCACUUAAAAAGAUGAGAGAGGCCUGUAUUUUCAUCAUAGGUACACGUCAACUAUGACAGACAAAAUGAGAAAAAAAUCCAGAAAAUCACAUUGUAGGAUUUUUUAUGAAUUUAUUUGCAAAUUAUGGUGGAAAAUAAGUAUUUGGUCAAUAACAAAAGUUUCUCAAUACUUUGUUAUAUACCCUUUGUUGGCAAUGACACAGGUCAAACGUUUUCUGUAAGUCUUCAAGGUUUUCACACACUGUUGCUGGUAUUUUGGCCCAUUCCUCCAUGCAGAUCUCCUCUAGAGCAGUGACGUUUUGGGGCUUUCAACUCCCUCCAAAGAUUUUCUAUGGGGUUGAGAUCUGGAGACUGGCUAGGCCACUCCAGGACCUUGAAAUGCUUCUUACGAAGCCACUCCUUCGUUGCCCGGGCGGUGUGUUUGGGAUCAUUGUCAUGCUGAAAGACCCAGCCAAGUUUCAUCUUCAAUGCCCUUGCUGAUGGAAGGAGGUUUUCACUCAAUCUCACGAUACAUUCAUUCUUUCCUUUACACGGAUCAGUCGUCCUGGUCCCUUUGCUUAAAAACAGCCCCAAAGCAUGAUGUUUCCACCCCCAUGCUUCACAGUAGGUAUGGUGUGCUUUGGAUGCAACUCAGCAUUAUUUGUCCUCCAAACACGAAGAGUUGAGUUUUUACCAAAAAGUUAUAUUUUGGUUUCAUCUGACCAUAUGACAUUCGCCCAAUCCUCUUCUGGAUCAUCCAAAUGCACUCUAACAAACUUCAGACGGGCCUGGACAUGUACUGGCUUAAGCAGGGGGACACGUCUGGCACUGCAGGAUUUGAGUCCCUGGCGGCGUAGUGUGUUACUGAUGGUAGGCUUUGUUACUUUGGUCCCAGCUCUCUGCAGGUCAUUCACUAGGUCCCCCCGUGUGGUUCUGGGAUUUUUGCUCACCGUUCUUGUGAUCAUUUUGACCCCACGGGGUGAGAUCUUGCGUGGAGCCCCAGAUCUAGGGAGCAUAUCAGUGGUCUUGUAUGUCUUCCAUUUCCUAAUAAUUGCUCCCACAGUUGAUUUCUUCAAACCAAGCUGCUUACCUAUUGCAGAUUCAGUCUUCCCAGCCUGGUGCAGGUCUACAAUUUUGUUUCUGGUGUCCUUUGACAGCUCUUUGGUCUUGGCCAUAGUGGAGUUUGGAGUAUGACUAUUUGAGGUUGUGGACAGGUGUCUUUUAUACUGAUAACAAGUUCAAACAGGUGCCAUUAAUACAGGUAACGAGUGGAGGACAGAGGAGCCUUCAUGAUCUCAUCAUGGUAUGUGUGCGUUCAAAUUGCCAUCAAUAAAAUGCAAUUGUGUUAGUUGUCCGUAGCUUAUGCCUGCCCAUACCAUAACCCCACUGCCACCAUGGGGCGCUCCGUUCACAACAUUGACAUCAGGAAACCGCUCACCCACACAACGCCAUACAAGUGGUCUGCGGUUGUGAGACCGGUUGGAUGUACUCUAAAACAACAUUGGAGGCAGUUUAUGGUAGAGAUGAACAUUCAAUUAUUUGGCAACAGCUCUUAUGGACAUUCCUGCAGUCAGCAUGCCAAUUGCGCGCUCCCUCCGAACUUCAGACAUCUGUGGCAUUGUUGUGUGACACAACUGCAUGUUGUAGUGGCCUUUUUAUUGUCCCCAGCACAAGAUGCACAUGUGUAAGGGUCAUGCUGUUUAAUCAUCUUCUUGAGAUGCCACACCUGUCAUGUGGAUGGAUUAUCUUGGCAAAGGAGAAAUGCUCACUACAUGUUUUGUUUAUAUUUUCAGUGUAGAUUUCCUACAUACUGGUCUUAAGGAAAAGAGACAAAACUGUCGGGAGGGUUCUUCUGCAAUGUAAAACCAAUUCAGUAAAUGUGGAGGAGGAGUUAAGAUGGAACAUCAUCUUGUUAACGUCCAAAAGCGGAAGUCGCUUGACUCGUCACAGGCUCGCUUUCAAUUUCCCCUGAAAACCGGAAUAUCCAUUGAGGAUGUUGAGGACUCUGCAGAGGCUAGUUUCUGGCUAAUGGGCCCCCAUUUUUAAAAUAACUGGCGCUAAUAUUUGUAUUAUGUUUUUUUACAGAAUUAAUUAUUGAACAGGACAGUCUGAUAACUAGCUCUGAGGGGUUCACAGUUCAGUCUCCUGCCCUGUUAGUCCCUACUAGUGGGAGCUCUCCUUGUGCGGCCUGUGUGCCCGGACUCUGUAGGGGCUGCCAAGGCAGUCAUUGGGAUCCCCUGUCUGGCCCUCCCUUGUUUUGUCUGGUGUUGGGCUGAUUGGCGACUCACACUGGGCCUGGUGUGUGUACCGGCAGAGACUGGGGGCCAGGGUCAGCACAACCCACUGCCUCUGGCUCUCCACAAACACUGCAGACAACAGCGGAGCAAACACGAGGACAAACGGCUACUGGGAUUUAAGACCAGAAGUCAGAGCAGCCUCCCUGUCACGAGAAUUUCUAUCUCUAAUUAAACUCAAUGCUUUGAAUAAUUCCCAGAGGGUGUAAGGCUCUGGUUUAAUCAUGAAUUAAACAAGGUCCAGAGUCAGCAAGAAUCAUCAGUAUGUUUAUUCAUGAGAGCUCUGGUGCCCAAACACACACACACAAAGGAACUUAGCUCCGCCCACCUUUAGGCGGCCUGUACAUUUCCACAGUCUAACCCACUCUGUUAGUGGGUUUAUAAUGAUAACCCUAACACAGUUUACACAGUCAUCAGUAUCGGGGUGGAACAAUUUGUCAUUAACCAUAAUUCCUCUCACUCCCUCAUGUCCCUAAAGAGGGUCUAAGCUAAUUUCUGUGAGUGCCUGUGUAAGCAGGAGGCACGCCAUUCAAAGUGAUUGGUUGGACUUCCUCGUGGGGUUUGGGAGCCGUUUGACAGAUUGAUUUGUAUGUGUCUGCAUACUGGGCAUUUACGCCCAUCACCAAUGUUCCUUCUAAGUUGCGGGUGCUCACAAAAUGUGUAUAUUUCUAGCCAUCUUUGAAAAGUGAGUCAGGUAAGAGCUUUUUUAUGUCUUAAAGGGGCAGUGUUUUAUUUUGGGACAGGCUUGACUAAGCUAAGCUGCCAAUUGGCGGAGGGUAGCAUACAGUGAGGGAAAAAAGUAUUUGAUCCCCUGCUGAUUUUGUACGUUUGCCCACUGACAAAUAAAUGAUCAGUCUAUAAUUUGAAUGGUACGUUUAUUUGAGUGAGAGACAGAAUAACAACAAAAAAAUCCAGAAAAACGCAUGUCAAAAAUGUUAUAAAUUGAUUUGGAUUUUAAUGAGGGAAAUAAGUAUUUGACCCCCUCUCAAUCAGAAAGAUUUCUGGCUCCCAGGUGUCUUUUAUACAGGUAACGAGCUGAGAUUAGGAGCACACUCUUAAAGGGAGCCAGAAAUCCACCAUGGCCAAGACCAAAGAGCUCUCCAAGGAUGUCAGGGACUAGAUUGUAGACCUACACAAGGCUGGAAUGGGCUACAAGACCAUCGUCAAGCAGCUGGGUGAGAAGGUGACAACAGUUGGUGAGAUUAUUCGCAAAUGGAAGAAACACAAAAGACCUGUCAAUCUCCCUCGGCCUGGGGCUCCAUGCAAGAUCUUGCAAUGAUCAUGAGAACGGUGAGGAAUCAGCCCAGAACUACACGGGAGGAUCUUGUCAAUCAUCUCAAGGCAGCUGGGACCAUAGUCACCAAGAAAACAAUUGGUAACACACUACGCCGUGAAGGACUGAAAUCCUGCAGCGCCCGCAAGGUCCCCCUGCUCAAGAAAGCACAUAUACAUGCCCGUCUGAAGUUUGCCAAUGAGCAUCUGAAUGAUUCAGAGGAGAACUGGGUGAACGUGUUGUGAUCAGAUGAGACCAAAAUCGAGCUCUUUGGCAUCAACUCAACUCGCCGUGUUUGGAGGAGGAGGAAUGCUGCCUAUGACCCCAAGAACACCAUCCCCACUGUCAAACAAGGAGGUGGAAACAUUAUGCUUUGGGGGUGUUUUUCUGCUAAGGGGACAGGACAACUUCACCGCAUCAAAGGGAUGAUGGACGGGGCCAUGUACCGUCAAAUCUUGGGUGAGAACCUCCUUCCCUCAGCCAGGGCAUUGAAAAUGGGUCGUGGAUGGGUAUUACAGCAUGACAAUGGCCCAAAACACACGGCCAAGGCAACAAAGGAGUGGCUCAAGAAGAAGUACAUUAAGGUCCUGGAGUGGCCUAGCCAGUCUCCAGACCUUAAUCCCACUGACGUUCGAGUUACCAAACAUCAGCCUCAAAACCUUAAUGACUUGGAGAAGAUCUGUAAAGAGGAGUGGGACAAAAUCCCUCCUGAGAUGUAGCCACCAGGUUUGCACACAAGAAACGUCUGACCUCUGAUUGCCAACAAGGGUUUUGCCACCAAGUACUAAGUCAUGUUUUGCAGAGGGGUCAAAUACUUAUUUCCCUCAUUUAAAAUGCAAAUCAAUUUAUAACAUUCAAAUAAACCUACCAUUAAAAUUAUAGACUGAUCAUUUUUGUCAGUGGGCAAACAUACAAAAUCAGCAGGGGAUCAAAUACUUUUUUCACUCAUUGUACAUUUUUAUCUGAUCAAUAAUUAAUGAAUUCUAUUUUGUAAAAUGGUUUCUUGCAUCAAACACAAUACAACAUUUUCUGUCACCUCCUUGUCUGAGUGGCUAAACAGAUUCAUGUCAAGGCCUGCAUUUUUUUCAACCGUCUCAUGGAAUGUAGGCCUACAUUGAACACCACACGUUGGCUGCUGCUGUAGGCUGUAUCAUAGAACCGCUGUUUCAAUGGCUAUUUCCAUAUUCAGAUGUUAUGGGAUGCAUUUUCUCCAUUGUUUUCUCCAUUGCCUACAUCAUGAUCAAAUAGUCACAGUAGCCUACUUGGCCAAUGUUAAAACUAACUCAAAGUGGGUACAGCCUCAGUGUUCACAGUAAACGCAUGCCAGAAGUUGCACAGAAUUUUCACAACUCAGGUUUGCGCUCAGCAGACCUGAAAUUUGCUCAGUGCCGGAAAAAAUUGGAGGGAACAUUGGCCAUCACCAUCACUAAAGUGUCCAGAAAGGGAAAGAAAGCACAUUUUAUCCACUUAAUAUCCCUCUUUUCUGAGGUGCUAUAAAAAGUGAGUCUAGACAAAGCUCACCAAUCAAACACUCCUUUCCUUCUCAAUUGACUUGCCUUGGUAAAAAACUAAAACCCUCUCUCCCUCAGUGAGUGCCCAUCGACCAGACUCCCUGUCCCUGGCGGUGGCUGAGCCAGAGCGGUGGACGUCCAGGGGUGACGGGGAGGUGAAGCUGAGGAUGGGAGAGUCGGGCUUUGCCGCUGAGCCCUCACUUACUGUAGACCAGAUGUUUAAAACUGCAGUGGAGAGGUUUGGCAGCUACACCGCCCUGGGCUGGAAGGAGGGAGAACAGACUAAGACCAUCAACUACAAGGAGUACUACCAGGCCUGCCGCACCGCUGCCAAGAGCUUCCUCAAGGUGAGACUAAACACACAGACCAACUGUACUUAUGGAAAUCAGACCAUAACUGACACUUUACUGCUGUAAAUUUGGAUGCCAGAACAAUGUUGCAAUAGGAAACGAUAAGAUAAUGUUAGGAGUUGAGGGUUCCAUACCGAUAGGAGAUGUAAAGUAUUAUAAAAUACUGGUGCUCAUGUCUCCACAUUUCCAGUCAUAACAAAGGUUUAUAAAUAUCAGUUCCUAAAGUGCAACAAAGAAACAAAGUAUGAGAACAAGUUCUCUGUUGGCAAGGCAACAAUGUAUCCUCAAACCAAAUAUGAAGCCAAGCAGAAGAGAACCACUGUGGAGGAUGUGUGCCCUUUUUAAGAAGGGAGGCUUUGGAUUACUUCCCCUCUAACUGAUCAUAGUCCACCAUCCUAACCUCAGAUCAGUGUGUGUUUUAACCUUGUGGUGGCCGUGUCACUGUCACCAGCAUGCGUAGGGUGAGAUGAAAGGUCAGUGACGUGGGAGGUAGAGGCAGCGUGCUGCUGGGGGCAACCUCUAGAUGCAGGCCAUGCUAGAGUGGGGCGAUAUGGACCAAAAAUCCAUAUUGUGAUAAAUUGCCUGAAUUAAUGCGAUAAUGAUAAAUAGAACGAUACAAUUAUAAUAUUAAUGUGCAACACCGUUUUUUAAUUAUCCUUUAAACUACUAGUUUGUUAAUGGGACAAUUGAUGGCUACAAACAUAAAUCAUAUCUCUAGUAUAGGCUACGUAUCGUGAUGAACGAUAGCCGCGAAAUGCCUGCGAUAAGUGGUCGGUGUCUAAUGUUCGGUUUAUCGUCCCAGCUCUAGGCCACGCUACUGUUUAUUGUGAAACUCCAUACUGUAUACCAGAGUGAGGGCUAGGGCUGGCUCAGGCCCAGGGAAAGCCACACAUCCACAAAUCUCAACCUGACGGCCUCCACUUGGAAGGAGAGGGAGAACAAUAGUGUCUGGGUGAGGGUGUAAGUGCUACUCUGCAUUGACCCACAAACGCAGGCAAACAGCCGUACAUUUCUGGUUGAAGUAUCAUGAUGCUGUAUUUUAUUGCUACUCCUGUUAUGAAAGACUCUAGUCAUUCAAAAAUAAUUUUCUGGCUGUGCCUCAAGCAAGGGUUCAUUUUGUUCAUAUUUGGUUUCGCUUCACCUUCCCCUUUUAUCUGAACUCUUAGAAAAAUUAAUAUAAACAAGCAUUGUAUCCAUUAUGUACCUCUUCUAGGUGGCAAUGUGAGAUCUACAGUUGAAGUCGGAGGUUUACAUACACCUUAGCCAAAUACAUUUAAACUCAGUUUUUCACAAUUCCUGACAUUUAAUCCUAGUAAAAAUUCCCUGUCUUAGGUCAGUUAGGAUCACCACUUUAUUUUAAGAAUGUGAAAUGUCAGAAUAAUAGAGAUUUAUCUCAGCUUUUAUUUCUUUCAUCACAUUCCCAGUUGGUCAGAAGUUUACAUACACUCAAUUAGUAUUUGGUAGCAUUGCCUUUAAAUUGUUUAACUUGGGUCAAACGUUUCGGGUAGCCUUCCACAAGCUUCCCACAAUAAGUUGGGUGAAUCUUGGCCCAUUCCUCCUGACAGAGCUGGUGUAACUGAGUCAGGUUUGUAGGCCUCCUUGCUCGCACAUGCUUUUUCAGUUUUGCCCACACAUUUUCUAUAGGAUUGAGGUCAGGUCUUUGUGAUGGCCACUCCAAUACCUUGACUUUGUUGUCCUUAAGCCAUUUUGCCACAACUUUGGAAGUAUGCUUGGGGUCAUUGUCCAUUUGGAAGACCCAUUUGCGACCAAGCUUCAACUUCCUGACUGAUGUCUUGAUGUUGCUUCAAUAUAUCCACAUAAUUUUCCUUCCUCAUGAUGCCAUCGAUUUUGUGAAGUGCACCAGUCCCUCCUGCAGCAAAGCACCCCCACAGCAUGAUGCUGCCACCCCCGUGCUUCACGGUUGGGAUGGUGUUCUUCUGCUUGCAAGCAGCCCCCUUUAUCCUCCAAACAUAACGAUGGUCUUUAUGGCCAAACAGUUUGAUUUUUGUUUCAUCACACCAGAGGACAUUUCUCCAGAAAGUACGAUCUUUGUCCCCAUGUGCAGUUGCAAAGCGUAGUCUGGCUUUUUUUAUGGCGGUUUUGGAGCAGUGGCUUCUUCCUUGCUGAGCGGCCUUUCAGGUUAUGUCGAUACAGGACUCGUUCUAUUGUGGAUAUAGAUACUUUUGUACCUGUUUCCUCCAGCAUCUUCACAAGGUCUUUUGCUGUUGUUCUGGGAUUUAUUUGCACUUUUCGCACCAAAGUACGUUCAUCUCAAGGAGACAGAACGCAUCUCCUUCCUAAGCGGUAUGAUGGCUGCGUGGUCCCAUGGUGUUUAUACUUGCGUACUAUUGUUUGUACAGAUGAACGUGGUACCUUCAGGCUUUUGGAAAUUGCUCCCAAGGAUGAACCAGACUUGUGGAGGUCUACACAUUUCUUUCUGAGGUCUUGGCUGAUUUUCCUUUGAUUUUCCCAUAAUGUCAAGCAAAGAGGCACUGAGUUUGAAGGUAGGCCUUGAAAUACAUCCAUAGGUACACCUCCAAUUGACUCAAAUGAUGUCAAUUAGCCUAUCAGAAGCAUCUAAAGCCAUGACAUCAUUUUCUGGAAUUUUCCAAGCUGUUUAAAGGCAGUCAACUUUGUAUGUAAACUUCUGACCCACUGGAAUUGUGAUACAGUGAAUUAUAAAUUAAAUAAUCUGUCUCUAAACAAUUGUUGGAAAAAUUACUUGUGUCAUGCACAAAGUAGAUGUCCUAACCGACUUGCCAAAACUAUAGUUUGUUAACAGGAAAUUUGUGGAGUGGUUGAAAAACAAGCAUUAAUGACUCCAACCUAAGUGUAUGUAAACUUCCGACUUCAACUGUAUGUGUACAUCUUUUCUCAUGCUGUGUGUGUGUGUCCACAGCUUGGCUUGGAGCGCUACCAUGGGGUUGGCAUUCUGGGCUUCAACUCUGCUGAGUGGUUCAUAUCUGACAUUGCUGCCAUUCUGGCUGGGUGAGUCUCUCUACACUUCUGUUCACAAGGGGGUCUGACACACUCCCUGUCACUUACACUAGCCCUGUCAUGUGUUCGUGUGAUGUGCAGAAUGUUCCCUGCUCACUGAUCUACUGUAGCCCAGUCUAUAUUGUGUAGGUAAGUAACUUAUGUGACUACUGCCAAAGACCUGAGAUCAAAAUCAGAUCCUAUGUUCUUCGUCACAUGCUUCGUAAACAACAGGUGUGGACUAACAGUGAAAUGCUUACUUACGGGCCCUUCCCAACAAUGCAGAGAGAAAGACAAUAGAGAAAUGAUAGAAGAAAAAAGAACAAACACAUAAUAGUAAUAGAUACACGAGUAACGAUAACUUGGCUAUAUACAGGGGGUACCUAGUCGAUGUGCAGGGUCUUAUGGCUUGGGGGUAGAAGCUGUUCAGGGUACUGUUGGUUCCAGACUUGGUGCAUCGGUAGCGCUUGCCGAGCAGUCGCAAUUGUUUUGUUUUUUUCAUGGUGCACAAGACACCCGUCUGAUUCGCGCCCGUCUCAGUGGACUAAUCCAUUGCGGAGGCCAUGGGGAUGUCACUGUCCAUCACUCUAAGACGUGAUGCUGAAAUUGUAUAUGGUUAUAUUAUGUACAAAUAAUGGUGCAACACUAAUAUCAUUUUAAAUAAUAUUAUUUUAUAACUAAUGCACUUUCUCCCAUGGUUCUGGAACAUAAUCUUCAGUGCGCCGUAGAAUUGGCCGCCUUUCCCUAUAUUGCUAUGUGCAUAAUAGAAAAGUUAACCAGCCUCUUGGGAUUGAGAAAAAGGUGGCGGAGGCAGCAGCAGCAGAGAUGAGGAAACAGCCCUUGCCUUAGCCUAAUUGUCCAAGAAAAUUGAGGAGAGCGUAAACCCCAACUUAAUUAGGACUAUAGUCAAUAGCCUGACAGUUAAAUGUGCCUGGCUUAAUUUAUAUAUAUAUAUAUAUAAUCUACAGCAAUAAGACAGAUCUUGCUUCUGUUGAGUGUUUGUUUAAUAGCCUACUGAUUCCGUGAGCACCAAGCCUCAUGCAACAGCAAAAUGUCGGAUAAAGCAAUUUCACAGAUUCGUCUGUUUUUUAUCUUUGCUAUGCUGUAAUAAAGGCUUUACAAAAGUUUUCAUUAGAACAGACUGGUAUUACUUAUAAUUUAUUUAGUGUUUACACUGUUCCAAACAGGCAGAAAAAUAAUAUUGUAAUCUAACAAAAUAUGCACUCAGCUCUCACUCCUAUACCCUCCCUUUUCUUGAGCUCCUUAUUGUUAUUAUUAUUAUUGUCAUUAUAAUAAUGAGUAAUGUCGUUAUCAUUCGUAGGCUUUGUGUAGUAGCUUUGUAUAGUAGCCUUGUAUAACCACCAUCGAGCUGUAGGCCUAAGAGAGCGUCAUGUUUAGUCUUAAUACCGUAACUUACUUAGGCCUAUAUUUCAAUAUAUAGGCUACUGUAUCAAUCAAUCAUUCAUGCUUUGAAAUGCAAUCAAGCAUUUUAGUUUUAAAAUUAAAUAACAAAGGGAGCUUUGAAUAAUUAGUCUAAACCAGGGGUGUCAAACUCAUUUUAGCUCAGGGGCCACAUGGAGGAAAAUCUAUUCCCAAGUGGGCCGGACCGGAAAAAUCAUGGUGUGUGUGUGUAUAUAUCUUAAAAACAACAACUUCAGAUUGUUUUCUUUGUUUUAUUACGAUCAACAUACAACAUAAAGCUGGAGCCUGAGGACAGUGUGUCCAAAAUAGUACAAGCACAACAUCACUAUUAAUCAUAAAACACGUCAAGUUUAUUUGAAAAUUCUAAAGAAAAAGAACACACAAACACACAAUGCCUCAGUGAUUAACAGAACUGUUUCACAGAUCACAGAACUAUAUCAGGGUGUCAUUUCUCAGGCAGAAAUGUAGAUAAAAAGAAUGAAAUCCUGUUCCCCAAACAAGUGCAAGAACCACAGAGUCAAGAAUAGGUUAAAUAUACAAAUAAAAUCAAUUAAAAACAAUAGUACAUCAACAUAAAAACAUAUAAACAUAAAUCUGAAAGCGUUGCUCAAACUCCCGUAACAGUCCCGUUAUUUUAUCUUUGAACCGCUUCAUGUCUGCCACAUGUUGGGUCGCGCACACAUUUUUCAGACAGGGGAAGUGAGCUGCAUCACCACCGGCAAGUUGCGUCUCCCACAAUGACAGCUUCAACUUGAAAGAACGUAUGCUGUCAUAAUACUGCGUGACAACUUUGUUGCGCCCUUGCAGCUGUUUGUUCAAGUUAUUCAGGUGCUCUGUAACAUCCACCAUAAAUGCAAGGUCCUGCAUCCAUUCUGCGGAAUGAAAUUCUAACACUGGUUUGCCCUUUUCUUCCAUGAACUGUUCAAUUUCUUCUCGUAAAUCAAAGAAACGCCUCAGCACAGCACCUCGGCUUAACCAUCUUACCUCAGUGUGGUAUGGCAGGCCAUAGAUGUGGUCUUUCUCUCUGAGAAGGCUGUCAAACCGACGGUGAUUCAGGCUUCUGGAUCGGAUGAAAUUAACAGUUUGGAUGACCACCUUCAUGACGCUGUCCAUCUUUAAUGACUUGCAACACAAAGCCUCCUGGUGCAAAAUACAGUGAAAAGUCAAAAAAUCACGUCCUCCAUUUGCAGAUUGCACUUUCUCUCUGAACUUUGUCACAACGCCUGCUUUUUUCCCGAUCAUUGAGGGCGCACCAUCUGUAGCCAGGCUGACAGCACGGGACCAGUCCACUCCGACCCUGUCCAGCGCGCCGACGAGUGCGGUAACAAUAUCAGCUGCUGUCGUUGUAUCUGUCAUCGGCACCAACUCCACGAACUCCUCGGUGACGGUCAAUGUGUCAUCAACUCCGCGGAUGAAAAUGGCCAGUUGUGCAACAUCUGUAAUGUCCGUGCUUUCAUCAAUUGCAACCGAAAACGCAAUAAAUGACUUUACUUUUUGCUUCAACUGGCUGUCCAAAUCCACUGAAAGAUCGGAAAUCCUGUCUGCAACUGUGUUUCUUGUCAGGCUGAUAUUUGCAAAAGCCUGCCGCUUUUCAGGGCACACAAUCUCCGCUGCCUUCAUCAUGCAUGUUUUUACAAAUUCACCCUCACUAAAUGGUUUUGAAGCCACUGCGAUUUCAUUAGCAAUGAGGUAGCUAGCUUUCACUGCAGCGUCACUGAUGUCUCGGCUGUGAGUAAACGCAGACUGCUGUUUCUUCAGACCCGCCAACAGUUCAUUCACCUUCUCUCAUCUCCGCUGUCCUUGAAAGUUGUCAUAUUUGUCGGCAUGAAGACUCACAUAGUGGCGACGAAGGUUAUAUUCUUUCAGCACUGCAACAUGCUCUGAACACACCAAACAUACAGCUUUCCCAUUCAAUUCCGUGAAUAAAUAGGAUGACCAUUUUUCUUGGAACACUCUGCACUCUGCGUCCACUUUUCUCUUUUUUGACAGACAUAUUGGGUUAAUGAGGGUGCCAAAGCACAUAAUGUUAAAAGUAGAAGCCGUAAUAAAUAUCGCGGGCAAAACAAAGUAGCUCAUUGGCUGCACGUGCUUGACCUACUUGCUCUGCCCCGGUAUAAACAGUUUGCUUGCUUAACACAAUUGCUAUUGCGCCAUCCAGUGGACGCAAUUGGAACAGCAGUUUAUUUUAUUGAGAAAUUGCAGCGCAUUUUUAUACUUUACAAAAUUAAUAUAUAUAUAUAUAUUUUUUAUAUAUAUUUUUUUUAAUCAUCUCGCGUGCCGGAUUAAACCCGUUUGCGGGCCUGGUCUAAACAAUAAAUAAACCGCAAUUCACAAAUGCAUGCAACUGUUUUUAGUCUGCUGUAAUACAGGCUUUUUCUUUCGUUAGAACAGACUCUGGUACAUUUAUUUAGUGAAGAAUAAUAUUGUAAUCUAUCAGCAACUGUUUGGCACACACAAUACUCACGCAACGCUUGCUCCUAUAUGCUCCUUUUUCUUGAUCUCCAGUAGUUUCCACAACUACGUCAAAUGUCUUCCACAGAUCUGACUUCCCCUUUCCCUCCUGAGCAACCAGUAAACAUUUGCCUGUUUCAAUAAAAAAAAAAAAUUACGUCCUCCGCAUCCAUUUUGCUGUCACGUGUUCGCAGUUUGUUAUAACCAAUUUAUUGAUGCGAUUAUGAUAGGCUGUAGGUCAGGCCCUAUUGGUCACAGAGCAUAUGAGCGGAGUGGAGCGUGAGCGAGCGUGGAGCGUGAGCGGACGGAUUUUGAAUAGAGCGCAGAGCGGCAUUUUUAAAAGGACGGAGCGUCGCCCUAUGUCCCGCUCCAAUUUCGCUCGCUCACACCACGAGUCUGAAGCAUGCUCAAGCCUGACCCAGAAUCUUAUAGAGCGAGAGGAGCAGCAGCAGCAACAAGAGUAAAGGGUUGAGGAAUUCAAAAGUUUAUUCACUGCACGCAAAGGCCCAACCAUAACAAGGGAGAGAAAAAGAGAGCUGGAUGUAGCAUUUUUUAAACGAUUUUCAUGGACUUUGAACCGCUGAGUAAAGGAGAACGUGAAGGGAUGCAACACUUCGCCAGCGCAGCUCAACUGGGCUACACCCCCCCAAGAAACUGAUAAAUCAGUACUUUACUUUGUCAAAUUUACAUCUGAGAUGCCCCAUUCACAUGCUUCAGCUGGCGAUCAAAAACGCUGUUAACGAGCACGACAACAUUAAUAGGCUGUUAGUGAAAGUCGGGCACCUGGUGAAAAGUGUACGCAAGAGCACAGAGGAGACCGACCAAUUAGGUGUCCGACCCACAAAUGCCUGCGCCAUUCGAUGGAGCAGCCAGCUGCGGAUGAUUCAGUCGUUCAUCCGGUUGUUCCAAAAAGACCCGUUAUGGCAAAACAAACUCAAGUCUAAUGUUGCUAACAUCACCCUGAAUCAAGUACGGCAGCUGACGCACCUUGUCAGUGUGCUGACACCACUAGCAGACCUCACAGACAAAAUGCAGAAGGAGCUGGGGAACCUGGGGAUGAUCCUCCCUGCUGUCACAGAAAUCAAAUCCCUGCUCACCGAUUACACUCACGCUGCACUUCCAAUGGGCAUCGCUGCUUUUGCAGAAACAUUGGCAAACAACGUGUGAAUUCGCUAUGGAAUAUACUAUACUGAUUAACAUCUCAUUUUAGCGUCAGUGUUAGAUCCCCGUUUCAAGACGGAAUGGAUAAUCCGAGAUGAGUCUGUAUGCAACAAAUUCGGGGAGAUAAAGUAAGGCUGUGGUUUUAAGCUAAAAGUGAAAUACAUGCAGAUUUUGUUCCUUUUUUGGAGUGAGCGGGGGCGAUUUGAGUGGAGCGCGAUGCAAACUGCGUUGAGCGCUGAGCGAUAAUGAGCGGACUGGCCUGAUGUGGCUUUGAGCGGGGGGAGCGGAGGGGUGAACAGCUCCGUGAGCGAGGAGCUGAGAUUCUCACCGCUCCACUCCGCUCAUAUGCUCUGAUUGGUCACAUGCAUGCAACGCUUACAUGUUUCACAAAGAGAGCAAGGGUUGAGGGAAUAGGGAAUGUUUUUCCUAAACAAAUGAGGGAUUUUAGUAACGGAACUUUUCAGUCAAACAAGUAAGAAACGAAAUGGAGGAAAUUAUGUUGCAGCUUCAGCACGGACAGCGCAAUAAACACUUGCUGUGGUGCCUUUUCGCUGCAGGAGAGGCGCAGCCGGAAAUUAUACUGAACAAAAAUAUAAACGCAAAAAUGUCAAAGAUUUUACUUGCGUUACUGUUCAUAUAAGGAAAUCAGUCAAUUGAAGUACAUUCAUUAGGCCCUAAUCAAUGGAUUUCACAUGACUGGGAAUACAGAUAUGCAUCCGUUGGUCACCUUGAAAGAAAAAAAAUUGGCCUCAGGAUCUCAUCACGGUAUCUCUGUGCGUUCAAAUUGCCAUCGAUAAAAUGCAAUUGUGUUCGUUGUCAUAGCUUAUGCCUGCCCAUACCAUAACCACACCGCCACCAUGGGGCACUCUGUUCACAACAUUGACAUCAGCAAACCGCUCGCCCACACAACACCGUACAAGUGGUCUGCGGUUGUGAGGCCGGUUGGACGUACUGUCAAAUUCUCUAAAAUGACAGAGGCGGCUUAUGGUAGAGAAAUUAACAUUCAAUUUCCUGGCAACAGCUCUGGUGGACAGUCCUGCAGUCAGCAUGCCAAUUGCAGGCUCCCUCAACUUGAGACAUCUGUGGCAUUGUGUUGUGACAAAACUGCACAUUUUAGUGGCCUUUUAUUGUCCCCAGCACAAGGUGCACCUGUGUAAUGAUCAUGCUGUUUAAUCAUCUUCUUAAUAUGCCACACCUGUCAGGUGGAUGGAUUAUCUUGGCUAAGAAGAAAUGCUCACUGACAUGGAUUUUAAACAAAUUUGUGCACAAAAUUUGAGAGAAAUGAGCUUUUUGUGCAUAUGGAAUAUUUCUGGGACCUUUUAUUUCAGAUCAUGAAACAUGUUACGAACUUCCCUCUUGCACCCAUUUCAGCAAAUGGGUAGUACCUGCUCAAUAUAAGCAACCAAUUCCAAAGUUUCCAAUGAAUUGGCCAAUGCACCCUGUUGCGCUUACUUAACUCGUGGCGGCCCAUCACAUUACCUCAGAGUUGGAGAUGUACCGCGCGACAGACCCCCCCCUUAUGAGAGUCACAAGUAUGAAUCUGGCACUGAAGAAGGCAGUGUCAUGGUGCGUUCGUAGCUAAAUGCAACAACAAAACAUUAUUUAUAAAAAGCAAUUCAUUUCAUGUGUUUUUUUUAACGCUCUAUAAUUUGUUUACAAGCAUGAUGGCUGUACUUUUAGUUUACGCUUGACACGGCUUGUUGGCCAUUAGCCAAUCGGCGUUUCUCAACAAGUUCAAAUCCCAUGAAUGCGUCCAACUGGUAUUUACGACUUCGCAACUGGUAAAUUCCCACCUCCUUACAAACGUAGCAUCAGAGUGGAAACUUGAGGCCCAACAUAACAAUCUGAUAAACAACAGACAAUGCAAGGUACAUUGUGAAUGCUGAACAUUGUGAAUGGCAUUUUAAUUUUCUCCAAAACCGCAAUACGUACCGAACCGCAGGUUUGGUGAACCGUAACACCCCUAGUACAGACUGUUACAAUUACUGACUGUUCUGGAUGGAUUAACAAUGCUGUGACUCCUCACAUCUUGCAUUGUUCUUUCAUGAUGAGCAUAACUUUAUGAAAUACAUACUUACCUAGCAGAGUUGCCAAACCUGUCUGUGGGAAAGGAAUCUUGAGUUUCAUGGAACAUAAAGGCAACAUGACUCACUGUUGUCUUGUGUUGCCAGUGGGUUUGCAGUGGGUAUCUACACCACCAACUCCCCAGAGGCGUGCCAGUACUUAGCAGAGAACUGCAAGGCCAACAUUGUCGUGGUGGAGAACCACAAACAGCUGCAGAAGAUCCUACAGGUAAGCACAGAGGAUGGAGAGCUUUGGAUUUGAUUAGAUUCAUCAAUACAUCAGGGAUACCUUCAACCUUUUUUUUUAAAACCUUAAUCGGUGUAUUCCUCAACUGCUGAUAACUAUUCUCUAUCCUCUAGGUUCAAGACAAGCUGCCACACCUGAAAGCCAUUAUCCAGUACAAAGAUUCACUUAAAGAGAAGAGACCAAACCUCUACACGGUAUGAAUGUCAAACUAUUUAAUUUAAUUUGAACAUUUAGAAGUUGGAUCAAUGCCUUCUGUGUCUUUAGAAGUGUUCAUAACGCACUACAGUUCCUGCAGGUUUGUAUGAAAAAUGUAUGCACUCACUAACUGUAAGUCGCUCUGGAUAAGAGCGUCUGCUAAAUGACUAAAAUGUAAAUGUAAAAUGUUUGUGUCCCCCCACUGUAUCCUGAAUGUAUCUUGUAUUCUCUGUACAGUGGGCGGAGUUUAUGGAGCUGGGCCGUGAUGAGUCCAACAUUCAGCUGGAUAACAUCAUCGCUACCCAGAAACCCAACCAGUGCUGCACACUGAUCUACACAUCAGGGACCACGGGCCAGCCCAAAGGAGUGAUGCUCAGCCAUGACAAUGUGAGUGACACCCACCAGUAACAUUAGACUGCCAGGUGGUGAAGGUGGGCAACAGCACCUCUGCUACGCUGAUCCUCAACACAGGGGGCCCCACAAGGGUAUGUGUUCAGCCCCCUCCUGUACUCCCUGUUCACCCAUGACUGUGUGGCCACACGUCUCCAACUGAACCAUUAAGUUUGCAGACGACACAAGUGGUAGGCCUGAAUACCAACAACGACGAGACAGCCUACAGGGAGGGGGUGAGGGCCCAGGCGGAGUGGUGCCAGGAAAAUAACCUCUCCCUCAACAUCAACAAAACGAAGGAGCUGAUCGUGGACUUCAGGAGACCGCUGAGGGAGCACUUCCACAUCGACAGGGCCGCAAUGGAGAGGGCGAAAAGCUUAAAGUUCCUCUGCGUGCACAUCACUGACAACCUGAAAUGGUCCAUACAGUGUGGUGAAGAAUGCGCAACAGCGCCUCUUCAACCUCUGGAGGCUGAAGAAAUGUGUCUUGGCCCCUAAGACCCUCACAAACUUCUACAGAUGUACCAUUGAGAGCAUCCUGUCGGGCUGUAUCACCACCUGGUACGGCAACAUCACCGUCCGCAACCGCAGUGCUUUCCAGAGGGUGGUGCAGUCAGCCCAACGCAUCAACUGGGGCACAGUGCCUGCCCUCCAGGACAUCUACAGCACCCGGUGUCACAGGAAUGCCAGUAAGAUCGUCAAGGACCUCAGCCACCCAAGCCAUGGCCUGUUCACCCCGCUAACAUCUAGAAGGUGAAGACGGUACAGGUGCAUCAAAGCUGGGACCAAGAAACUGAAAAACGGCUUCUCGCUCCAGGCCAUCAGACUGUUAGUCACCACUAGCCGGCCUCCGCCCUGUUUUACCCACUUUAUAUGUACAGUUGAAGUCAGAAGUUUACAUACACCUUAGCCAAAUACAUUUAAACUCAGUUUUUCACAAUUCCUGACAUUUAAUCCUAGUAAAAAUUCCCUGUCUUAGGUCAGUUAGGAUCACCACUUUUAUUUUAAGAAUGUGAAAUGUCAGAAUAAUAGUAGAUUUCUUUCAGCUUUUAUUUAUUUCAUCACAUUCCCAGUGGGUCAGAAGUUUACAUACACUCAAUUAGUAUUUUGUAGCAUUGCCUUUAAAUUGUUUAACUUGGGUCAAACGUUUUGGGUAGCCUUCCACAAGCUUCCCACAAUAAGUUGGGUGAAUUUUGACCCAUUCCUCCUGACAGAGCUGGUGUAACUGAGUCAGGUUUGUAGGCCUCCUUGCUCGCACACGCCUUUUCAGUUCUGCCCACACAUUUUCUAUAGGAUUGAGGUCAGGGCUUUGUGAUGGCCACUCCAAUACCUUGACUUUGUUGUCCUUAAGCCAUUUUGCCACAACUUUGGAAGAAUGCUUGGGGUCAUUGUCCAUUUGGAAGACCCAUUUGCGACCAAGCUUCAACUUCCUGACUGAUGUCUUGAUGUUGCUUCAAUAUAUCCACAUCAUUUUCCUUCCUCAUGAUGCCAUCUAUUUUGUGAAGUGCACCAGUCCUUCCUGCAGCAAAGCACCACCACAGCAUGAUGCUGCCACCCCCGUGCUUCACGGUUGGGAUGGUGUUCUUCGGCUUGCAAGCAGCCCCCUUUUUCCUCCAAACAUAACGAUGGUCAUUAUGGCCAAACAGUUCUGUUUUUGUUUCAUCAGACCAGAGGACAUUUCUCCAAAAAGUACGAUCUUUGUCCCCAUGUGCAGUUGCAAACCGUAGUCUGGCUUUUUUAAUGGCGGUUUUGGAGCAGUGGCUUCUUCCUUGCUGAGCGGCCUUUCAGGUUAUGUCAAUAUAGGACUCGUUUUACUGUGGAUAUAGAUACUUUUGUACCUGUUUCCUCCAGCAUCUUCACAAGGUCCUUUGUUGUUCUGGGAUUGAUUUGCACGUUUCGCACCAAAGUACGUUCAUCUCUAGGAGACAGAACGCGUCUCCUUCCUGAGCGGUAUGACUGCUGCGUGGUCCCAUGGUGUUUAUACUUACGUACUAUUGUUUGUACAGAUGAACGUGGUACCUUCAGGCGCAAGGAUGAACCAGACUUGUGGAGGUCUACAAUAUUUUUCUUGAGGUUUUGGCUGAUUUCUUUUGAUUUUUCCCAUGAUGUCAAGCAAAGAGGCACUGAGUUUGAAGGUAGGCCUUGAAAUACAUCCACAGGUAAACCUCCAAUUGACUCAAAUGGUCAAUUAGCCUAUCAGAAGCUUCUAAAGCCAUGACACCAUUUUCUGGAAUUUUCCAAGCUGUUUUAAGGCACAGUCAACUUAGUGUAUGUAAACUUCUGACCCACUGGAAUUGUGAUACAAUUGUUGGAAAAAUUACUUGUCAUGCACAAAGUAGAUGUCCUAACCGACUUUCCAAAACUAUAGUUUGUUAACAAGAAAUUUGUGGAGUGGUUGAAAAACGAGUUUUAAUGACUCCAACCUAAGUGUAUGUAAACUUCCGACUUCAACUCUAUAUACUGUAUUCUAGUCAUGGCUCAUCCUAUAUAACUACUGCUGUACACACUUUUUCUAUCCAUAAACUGUCCAUAAUGUCUGUAUACGCCAUCAUAUACAUAUUUAUAUUUUGGACUGACAUUGCGCGUUCUAAUAUUUCUGUAUUUCUUAAUUCCUUUUUAAUGUUUUUGAUUUGAGUGUAUUGUUAGGUGUUACUGCACUGUUGGAGCUAGGAAUAUAAGCAUUUCGUUACACCCACGAUAACGUCUGCAAAAUGUGAUUUUAGUCUUUGGCUGCACAUUUGUAAAGAUCUAUGAGAAUGAUACACUAUCAGAAUGAUGUAAACGUAUCAAAAUGUAGCCUCAUAUCUAUUCAAAAUCCACCUUUUGGUCCGAGUUUACUUGUGAAUGACCGGUGUUGUAAUGACUGUCUCUCUCUCUGUAGCUGACAUGGACAGCGUUCGCCGUAGGCCGCCAUGUCCGGCUGACAGAAGCCACCAAGUCUCAGGAGAUAGUUGUCAGCUACCUGCCCCUCAGCCACAUCGCUGCUCAAAUGGUGGACAUCUGGGUCACCAUGAAGGUCGGAGGGGCAACCUAUUUUGCCCAGCCAGACGCACUGAAGGUGAGGGUCUAUUCUCAUUUAAAAGAGGACCUUUUCCAGUUUCUCCAUGUGACUGAGAAGAUUGUCAUGCAGUCCGUUACUCCCCCUUGUUCUCUCCCUCAUUUUAGAUUCAACCUAGUGUGUAAUCCAGUAAAGGGAUGCAGAUUAAGUUAAAUUGAUACCCUGAGGGGGACACGUACUCACACAAGACUACUCUUUGUUUUCGCCAUUGAUCAGUUCAUUAGUGCAGUGUUUCCCAACUCCAGUCCUCGAGUAACCCCCAAUAGCCCACAUUUUUGUUGUAGCCCCGGACAAAAACACCUGAUUCAACUUGUCAAGGGCUUGAUGAUUAGUUGGCACGUAGAAUCAGGAGUGCUUGUCUGGGGUCACAACAAAAAAUAUGUGCUAUUGGGAGUAUUCUAGGACUGACGUUGGGAAACACUGCAUUAGUGUAUCUGCUCUCUGUAAAAAGGGUUCUCUUCCCAAAAUAAGCAUCAGCUUUACUAAAUGCAUCAUGUUGCAAACGCUUUUGAACAGUUGAACUGUCUUUCUCAAUAUGCUAGUGUCAGUAUUACUUCGCGCGCGCACACUCUUUGUGCUUACAAACCCCUUUAGUGUGAAUGCCUCCCUUCCUAUCUCUUCUCAGGGCUCCCUGGUUAACACGAUGAGAGAGGUGCGUCCCACAGCCUUUAUGGGCGUACCACGCGUCUGGGAGAAGAUGCAGGAGAAGAUGAAGUCCAUCGGGGCCAAGUCGUCCACCGUGCGCAGGAAGGUGGCAGUCUGGGCCAAAGGAGUGGGGCUGCAGACUAACCUCAGGAAGAUGAACCAGUAUGUAUUACUAAUGGAGCCUAUUGAGUAGGGUGAGGGGGAUCUGUGUUCUAAUUGACCUGUUGCACCACCUGUGGUUCUGACUUCUUCUUAGCGUUUUUAAUUUUUUUAAGUAAUACUACAGUCACAAACAUGACAGAACAGGAUGAGUAGUUUUCAUGCCCACGCACAGUUUAAUAAUGCUUGCACAGUAUGUACAGUAGUGAACUACAGCCUGGGGUAUAAAGAUAUAUAGUAGACAUGUUCUGAUGUUGUAUUAAACUUCUGCUUCCCCUCCUGCCUGCUCAGGAAUGGCGCAAUGACAAGGACGCCCAUGAACUACCGCCUAGCCAAGAAGCUGGUGUUCAGAAAGGUCCGUAAGGCCCUGGGCCUAGACCGCUGCACCAAGUGUUACACGGGCGCCGCCCCCAUCACCAAGGAUACCCUGGAGUUCUUCCUCAGCCUGGACAUUCCAGUGUUAGAGCUGUAUGGAAUGAGUGAGAGCACUGGGCCUCACACCAUCUCUCUGCCUGACCAAUUCCGCCUCACCAGGUAACUUACAGCAUAUACUCUCCACACUCCCCUGAACACACAAUGCCUGACAUGACAUAUUUCCAUGCUCACUCAAGACAAAUUCAUUCGAACAGGCUCAGGCACAUGCAUACAUCGGCUUUUAGCAAGUGUAUUUGCUGUCGAUUUACUGUAUAUUCUUCAUGUAUGUGAUUUAAGAACUGCAAAGUUAAAGUGUUUUGUCUCCCCAGCGUUGGGAAGUUGAUCCCUGGCUGUGAGACUAAGAUCCACAGUCCUGACCAGGAGGGCAAUGGGGAGAUCUGCUUCUGGGGGCGCCACGUCUUCAUGGGCUACCUAAACCAGGCUGACAAGACAGAGGACGCCCUGGACGCUGAGGGCUGGCUGCACUCUGGAGACCUGGGCAAACACGACGACAACGGCUUCCUGUUCAUCACCGGACGCAUCAAAGGUACGCAGUCUUCUCUACACACUAUUAACCCCCCCCCCCCCCCCCCCAAAAAAAAUAAAAUGAAACCUAGGCCAAUCAUCAGAUUCCAGCUUUAAACGGAACAGACUGAAGUUAGUUGAAAGCCUCAGUUAGUUGAUGGAAGAUGGAAUUUUGUCUGGUUCCACAAGUUUGAAUUAUCGUAAUUAAAAUGUCAGAUUCAAUGUGUGUUUCCAGAGCUGAUCAUCACAGCGGGUGGAGAGAACAUCCCUCCAGUGCCAAUCGAAGAUGCUGUGAAGGAGGCUGUGUCGCUGGUUAGCAACGCCAUGCUCAUUGGAGACAAGAGGAAGUUCCUUGCCAUGCUGCUCACCAUUAAGGUAUGACCAGUUAGCUACAGUAUUGUUGGUGUAAAACCAAAUCCCCAUCCCAACUCAUACCCCAUUUAAUUCAAGAAAGGUCAUCUUUCUUCUAAAUUCUGACAACCUUUUUAUUUAGAACAAGGAUGUUAUAAAAUCCUUUAGAUUGUGUAACAUCCUUUAGAUGGCUAUCUAUUGCAGCCACUUCAAGAGUAUCUGUUAGUUGAGAAAUACCAUGUGUAAUCAGAUGCAGCCUCUUGAGAUUGCACAGUGCUGUGUAAACUGCUUAUCAUGUAAUCAUAGGAUGAGGCAAGACAUCAUAGUGGAUUAUAAUAUUUGAGCAAAAUCACAAUUCCUCUUUAUUGUAAGGCAUGCAAUUCAACUUCUGCUCGACCACUUCCACCUGGUGGGCAUUUUGCAAACUGCCAUUCUUUAUGGUAUCAUUGUCAGUUAACCCUUGGCCUACAAUGGUCGCACCCCCAUGGAAAUCGAAUUAACAUAAUACAAAAAUCCCUAUUAAAAAUCUCAGUUUAAGCUAGAGCUGUUUUUUGCAUGGACUGCAUCUCAAUCCUCCGAUAUUGCCCAUCCACAUCUGCGGUGAAAGGUGGCAAAGCUAGAGCGGUGUUUGUCAGACCAUGAGACCUCACAAACGUCUGAACGGUUUGGCCUACAAACUAUAAUGACCUCUCCUUUGAAAGCUGAGACUCUCACAAACACGAUAGGACAGACACUUCAGAACAAACUUCCUUCAGAUUUAUUUUGGGGGGAGUAUCUGAUGUAGUGAAUCUGUUAUUCAAUAUGUUUCUAUUGGCAAAUAGCAGUAAUGCCAAAUUCAAUGUUUCAUCCAAUAAUUUUGUUAUAUAUAUUUUUUUGAUACCUUAAGGGGUCUUAAAAUUCAAAAUCAAAUAGCUAAAUGAUCCUUGGUAUGACCAUCUUAAAACAAUUCCAUAUGUUUAGAAGGCUUAGACAGGGCUUAGACUCUAGAGGGUUAAUGGCAUUGAUUAAUGAAACAGAGAAAUUAUCCAUGCACAAAACAGCCUUCUAGGAAAAUGCAUAUGUCGUUAUUUUAUCUCCUUCCUGACUAAAACUACAUUUGUCUCUUUUACCCCUCAGUGCCAGGUGAACGGUGACACUGGUGCUCCUGAGGAUGAGUUGACGCCAGAGGCUGUAGAGCUGUGCCAGAAGCUGGGCAGCAACGCCACGCGAGUCUCCGAGAUUGCCGGCGGACGUGACCGGGUCAUCCAUGCCGCUAUCCAGGAGGGCAUCAACCGCGUGAACGAGAACGCCACCUCCAAUGCCCAGCGCAUCCAGAAGUGGACCAUCCUAGACCAGGACUUCUCCAUCACCGGGGGAGAGCUGGGUAAGUGGGGGGGGGGGGCAGGCGGGCCCUGGGGUGGACAGUGUACAUGUUGGUUUAGUGCCAUGUUCUUAACUGCUGGAUGUUGUUUUUCUAGGUCAUUACAUAGACUGGACUCUAUUUUCCAUAAUGUUCCUCAUUUCAUUUCCAUAAAUUAGAUGUAUAUGGCACAUUUCAAUAGAAUUGUUUUUGUUGCCCUUUCCUCAGUCUAUUGCAGACCAUGUCGUCACUCAGUAGUUUUCACCACCUAUCCAGUGGCGGGUGUUGAUGAUCAUAACAGCAGGAUAUACACUGAGUGUACAAAACAUUAGGAAUACCUGCUCUUUCCAUGACAGACUGACCAGGUGAAUCCUGGUGAAAGCUAUGAUCCCUUAUUAAUGUCACUUGUUAAAUCCACUUCAAUCAGUGUAGAUAAAGGGGAGGAAACCGGUUAAAGAAGGGUUUUAAGCCUUGAGACAAUUGAGACAUGGAUUGUGUAUGUGUGCCAUUCAGAGGGUGAAUGGGCAAGACAACAUUUUAAAGUGCUUUGAAAGGGGUAUGGUAGUAGGUGCCAGGCGCACCGGUUUGAGUGUGUCAAGAAUUGUAACGUUGUAGGGUUUUUCACUCAAGUUUCCCGUGUGUAUCAAGGAUGGUCCACCAGCUGUGGGAAGCAUUGGAGUCAACAUGAGCCGGCAUCCUUGUGGAACACUUUCGACACCUUGUAGAGUCCAUGCCCCGACGAAUUGAGGCUGUUCUGAGGGCAAAAGGGGGUGCAACUGAAUAUUAGGAAGGUGCUCCUAAUGUUUUGUACACUCAGUGUAUAGCUGAUGCAGUCUCUUUCUCUCUCUCUCUCAGGCCCCACUAUGAAGCUGAAGAGGCCAGUGGUCAUGAAGAUGUACAAAGAACAAGUAGAUAAUUUCUACAAAGAGGUGGUGACCCCAAGCACUCCUGACAACCCCCUUCCCCCCAAA